AUGGCCGUUCUUCGCUCUAAGACAUGGGUGGACAUUCCCAAUGACGUCUCUAUCCCGGAGUUGAUGGGUAAGAACGUUUUCCACACCGAGCCCGACAAGAUCAUAUACGAAGAGGCCUUCACGGGGAAGACCAGGACCUACGGCCAGUUCCACACCGAGGUCAGGCGCGGAGCAUACUGGCUGCGGCACUCCCUGGGGUUGAAAGUCGGGCAGAUAGUCUCCAUCGUGGCUCCCAGCUGUAUCGACUACGUCCUCGCCGUGCAUGCCGUGUGGUGGGCUGGCGGCGUCGUUAGCUUGAUCAACAACUCCCUCCACGAAACCGAGAUCACCGCCGCCAUCGACCUUGUCCAGCCAGAUUAUCUCAUGAUCCACGACUCGCUAUGGGAGAAGAUACCCCGGAGCCUGGAGCUGUGCGAGAAACAGCACGCCCCGGGAAUACUCACUCUGGGAGACAAGCACCACGACACGUGGAUAUCCUUCCCGGAACACGUGUCGACGGAGACGGGCGAGCUGGAGCCCUUCUCGCUCAAGGGCCAAGACGCCGGGCGCGUCCCCUGCGGCAUCCUCCUCUCCAGCGGCACGACGGGGCGCUUCAAGGCGGUGAUGCUGUCGCACCAUAACAUGGUGGCGGCCAUCCACCAGCUGCGCGCCGACAACCCGCAGAACUGGCGGCCCGGGCAGCGCGAGGUCUUCUUCCCGCCCCUGUCGCAUGUCUACGCUCUGUACGCCUGCAUCACGGGCGUCUUCUGGCUCGGCGCUUACGCCUGUCUCAUGCCGCGCUUCCAGCUAGAGUCCUACUGCCGCCUGAUGCAGGACCGCCGCGCCACGCUGGCCCGCCUGGUCCCGCCCAUUGCGAAGCGGCUGGCCGAGAGCCCCGUCGUGAGGCGUUAUAGGUAUCCCCAGCUCGAGUACUUCUCGUGCUCGGCUGCACCGUUGAAUCUUGAGACAGCCGAAAAGCUACGAGCGGCGUUUCCCGGAGUUGCACUAUGCCAGACUUACGGAUGCACCGAGCUUUCAGGCCCUUGUGUCCAGAGCGGCGUCCGAGACACAAACCUACCCAUCACAGCCGCGGGGACUCUCAUUGCUAACAUGGAGAUGAAAUUCCUGGAGGUCGACGGGCCGGGCGAGAGCGCUAGGGGCCCUGGGGAGAUCACGGUCCGCGGUCCCAACGUGAUGAUGGGAUACAAGGACGACCCGGUGACCACGGCAAGCUCAAUGGUCGAAGGGGGCUGGUACCGCACCGGCGAUCUGGGCUAUAUCGACGACAACGGAUUCCUCAUCGUGUACGACCGACUAAAGGACAUCAUCAAAUAUAACGGAUUCCAAGUGUCUCCGCUGGAACUAGAAGAAAUACUAGUGCAGAAUCCCCUCGUCGACGAGGCAGCCGUCUGUGGGGUGUGGAGCGAGGCGGAUGCCACGGAGCUCGUCUGCGCGUACGUCGUCCUGGGAGAUACACCCGAAGCUAGAGCAGAUCGCGAGGUAGUAGCGGAGGCAUUGUCAAAGUUCGUUGCAGAUCGUGUGGCACACUAUAAGCAGCUGAAGGGGGGGGUUGUCUUUGUUGACGAACUGCCCAAGAACCCGACGGGUAAGGUCCUCAGACGCGUGCUGAGGUCUGAGGCGGAGAAGGAGAGCAAGGCUAGGGUGUUGGCAAAACUGUAG